AUGGAAAAUUGGGGUUUGAUAACAAUCCGACAGCGUGACGGGCUUUACAAAGAUGGGUUAUUUCCAAUCAUCCAGAAGCACAACCUUCAAGAAAUCAUUGCUCAUGAAGUGUCUCAUCAAUGGUUCGGAAAUUUAGUAACCAUGAAAUGGUGGAGCGAUCUUUGGCUGAAUGAAGGAUUUGCUACACUUAUCAGUCUCAAAGGUGUUGAUUUUUUGGAAAACACCACUUGGCGAUAUGACGACAGAGCAGAGUUACAAUGUUUUGCUCUGAGAUCUGAUCAGAUUAAUGGUAUGAUUCCAGUCAGUGGUGGAGAGUAUUCGAAUCCUGGAAGAUACACCGAAGUUACUUCACACUUGAACCACAUCAUCUACAAAAAAUCCUCGAUCAUCAUCAGAAUGAUUGAACGGAUUAUAGAAGAAGAUACUUUCAAGAAAGGACUUCGCAGAUUUCUGAACAGUUUUCUGUAUAAAAAUGCUGAUCACGAGGACUUGUUCAAUGUACUUGUCUAUGUUCACGAUUCAUCAGCAGGUGGUCACCUCAGUGGUCAGAACUUUUCUCUUUCUGAUGUAAUGGACACAUGGAUCCGACAACCACACUUUCCAUUGGUUCACGUGAAUCGCAAAGAAGGCAGUAUCGUAACACUCAGACAGGAGAAGUACGAACACGUUCCAUAUCUAGCCAAAGUAAAUGAUCAAGUAUGGAAGAUUCCGAUAUUCUACGACGAUCCCGUAUCCGCAAAACACAAAGUGUUCUGGUUAACUGAUAAGCAGCCACACGUUUUUGAUAUGGCUGGACAGUACGUCGUGGAUCCGCAUCAGCUGACAUAUAUGCGUAUACGAUAUGACAUUGAGAUGUAUUCGGAUAUCACUAUGGCACUGCUUCACGAUUAUCGUGUGAUUCCAACCAACUCCAGAAGUCGAUUAAUUGAUGAUACAUUUUCAAUGGCAGAGCAUGAUCAAAUGAGUUACAAGGUUGCCUUCAAUGUCACGAUGUACAUGAGUAAAGAGACCGAGUACCGCCCGCUACAGACGUUCAGUGCUUAUAUGGACUAUUUCCUCCCGAGAAUGUAUGGUCUUGAAUUCUGGUCAGAAUACCAAGAAUAUUUGUCACUCAUUAUUGGAAAACUAUUCGACCAGUUUAACGCUCAAGGACUAGAUGCGGACAUGGACAUACAACAUGAUUUGUUCUCCGCUCGAGAUAUCGUUGUAUUAAGAGCAUGUAUAAUCGAUUACGAACCAUGCAUUCAAAUGGCUACAGAGAGAUUCCAAGAGGUUCGGAGAAAUUGUUCUGGAAAAUUUCAGUUGUUGAGUGGUUCGGAUUGUAACAAAAUUCCAUACUACCUCCGCCCUUGGGUUUAUUCUGCUGCGAUCAAGCACGGAACAGAGGAUGAUUUUGAUUUUCUGUUCGAAAAAUGGAACAUGGAACAUUAUAUGAUGGAAAGAGAUAGUAUUUUCAAUGGUCUCUGUAGCACCCGCUUCAGGGAAAAAAGUGAUUUAGCUUGGAAAAGACUAAUGAAGAACCGCGCAAGAGAAAAUAUCUUAUUGAGAUGUGUUGCUUGUUCCAAAACUAUGUUCAAUGAUACUUUACUCUUGGAUAUGUUUGAAGAGCAGCCUGAAUAUAUGAAAGAACUUGUUGAAACAGCUGCUAACGAUCUAAGCGCUGUUAUGAUACUAAUCUACCGAAAUAUGCAAUUCGAGAAAGAUGUCAAAAGGAUGGAUAAUGUAUUAAAACCAUAUAAAGAUUUGAUAAGAUUCCUUGCUAAAUACCGAUCCCAGGCACUUGGUAGAAUAGUUUGGCGCCAAGACGUAGCUCCAUAUUUUGCUGGAAACGCUUCAGAAGCAAUUCAAAUAAUAAAAAUAUACACUCAUUUGACUGAAAACCCCAAUUAUCGUGAUCCAAUCCAUUUCUCCAUAGUGAUCUUCCCCAGUGAAUUCAUAUGA